UCGUUUCUCAUUCACGAUUCGUUUCUCGCGGGGAGCAGCUGCGGCAGUGUCGUCACUCAGGUGUAAUCCGCAAUGAUAUAAAAGUGAAAAUCGUGCAUAAUAUUAAUCCCCCCUCGAAUUGGGACCUAAUUCCAAAGAUUAAGUAGCUUUGAAGUAUCUAUUGGUGUCGCGAGAAGACGAGUGUUGUGUAACUGUCGUUGGAUUCGCAAAAAUCGACGAGUUUUUGCCGCUGCGGGUUCCUUGCUUUAUUGAGCAAAGUUUGCUGUAAUAUGCAUUGAAGUGCGUGUGUGUACCUAAUUAUCGAAGAGUAUUAUUUCGCGGAUUUUAGACACGGUUCUUUGUAUGUAAUCGCGCGAUCGGUAAGCUAUUAUCGCUGUAUGCAAAAAAGGUAAAUAUCGUGAGCAAAGAAGAGGCACUCGGUCUCGGUUAGUUGUUUCCCCUUCUGGAGGAGGAACAUGAGCAAGCAGUUCUGAAGUAUCGUCGUCAUAAAUUGAAUUUCGGUAACAACCGAGGAUCGCAAUAUCCGAACUUGCUGGCUGACCUCUGAACGGAAAGGGGCACUUGGGAGGCGACCGAACAAAAAAAACAAGUCGCAGUGAAGUGUUUUUGCUGCCCUAUCGUCAUCGAUUUUAAGAAGGAACUCUGCCGGAACAAAAUAUGGCUCAAUCGAAACCGUUGAAGGAGGUGUUCAGUUACCUGUCCUGGGUGCAUGCGGUGUCCGGCGCUACGGGCAGCGUGAUUGCAAUGUCGGCUUUCUACCCGCUGGACACGGUUCGAUCGCGACUUCAAUUGGAAGAGCCAGAACGUCGCAAAGCACUCAGCACAUGGGCCAUCCUGAAGCAGCUCGUGGCUGAAGAGGGCUUCGCUACGCUCUACCGUGGCAUCGUCCCCGUUCUGCAAAGCCUGUGCAUCUCCAACUUUGUCUACUUCUACACAUUCCACAGCCUGAAGGCCCUGCGCGGAUCCAUCACGGGUGGUAGCCAGUCGGCACUGGCCGAUCUGCUCCUGGGAUCGUUGGCGGGAGUUGUAAACGUCUUCUCAACGACACCGUGCUGGGUGGUCAACACCCGUCUCAAGAUGAAGGGCCUGGGUCAUCGAGUCAAGGACAACACCAUGCAUUACGACAAUCUCCUCGAUGGGCUGAUCCACGUGGGUCGAACCGAGGGAGCCAAAGGACUCUGGGCCGGCGCAAUACCCUCUCUCAUCCUCGUCAUCAACCCGGCCAUCCAGUUUAUGGUGUACGAAUCGCUCAAACGGCGCAUGGUUGGAGACCCGAAACACGCCUCGUCAGCUGCUUUCUUCGCGAUCGGAGCCAUAGCCAAAGCAAUAGCCACGGUACUCACCUAUCCGUUGCAGCUGAUUCAAACCAAGCUACGACACGGCAACAUGGACAAGAGUCUGGAUCUCCCGCCGGAUACAGACAUGGUGCAGAUGUUGCUGAUCAUCCUGAAGAAGCAAGGAGCCGCCGGGUUGUUCCGGGGGCUCGAAGCCAAGCUGCUCCAGACGGUGCUUACGGCGGCGCUGAUGUUCAUGACCUACGAAAAAAUUGCUCGAUUCGUCACGGUCCUGCUGGUCAGGGGCAAGAAGUGAUAGGAUCAUCUAGGGUUCUUAUCUAAAUUACACGUAUUUAUGGAGGAAUAGGGUUUUACAGUUUUCGUGGCAUUUUUAGAUACACUGUAUUAAGCAACUUUUCAAUCUAGUCCCACACAUUCCAUUUUUUCACGCUCUCAUUGGCUCUUCUUUUCCGCAACUUUUCUUCCGCGAUUGGCUCUCUCCGCCUAAACAAAUUAAGGGUGAUGAUUUUAGCACGUAAGUAUUUGUUGCCUAUCGAAGGCCAAUGGUUAGGUUAAUUGUUUGCAUUGACGGUAUGGAUUUAGUUUAGUUCAACAACGUAGUACCUUCUUUAAUAGCUAUGAAGCAUGUUAGACAUGAACAACAACUGCAGUGAUUGCUUCAAUUUUCUAAGGAGAAACCUCGAAUAGUUAACGUCGUUUCUAAAUUGAAAGUUUUCAAUUUAAAAGAACAAAGUGAAAAUCGUGAAAAAAAGGUUUGAUAUUGAUUUAACGUAGAUUCUAACUAUUGCAAGAAGCUAUACAUCACAAAGAAUAAGAAAUAAAAAAAUAAACGACUGGCAAAGAGGAUAAAUUUA